GCUGCCACAGUGGGUGCUGAAGUCCAGUGGCCUCAGUUCUCCUUUGCGCUGUAUCGAGAGCGAGCAAUGGUGCCCAUUGCCAACCUUGAUCGGAGCAAGGAUCGUUUCUAUCACUGAUGGAGAGAAGUUCGGCUCGAAAUUGACUGUGACGUGCUUCCAGAACUACGCUCCGGUCAGUGGCGUACCAGAAACUGUGUGUGGCGCGAAUCGAUACUUUAAGGGCGGUUCUUACAUUCAACCAUUUACUUUCUAGUUGAUUUGAUGUGUUUCUGUGUGGAUUGUGUGAUGCCAAGUUCCAAGUUUUUCUUUUAGUUUCCAGGGGAUAUUGUGAUUUGAUAAUUUGUUUUUUUCUCAAAAAGUAUUCAUCUCAUCAAUUUCCUUUGUUCCAAUAGGAAGGAUAAAAGGGUCUAUAAGAACAAUUUUCCUGAGAGAGAGAAAGAGACUGCCAUAAGGAUGACAUAAAAAAGAACAACAAGAUGAAGUUAACAGAAUCCCCAAAAUCUCUUCUAACUAACGGGUUGAGCAGAGUCAGCAAUUGAACAGCAGUGUCGUAUCCAAUAUGGAUGUGAUGCAGUGUGUGCAGGUUGUGCAGACAGUCCAACGCAGCUAUGAUCCUGCCGACCUACCGGAACGACUUAAUGGCACAUUGAGCAUCAGGUGUCAGCCAGGCUACGUCUUCCGAAGUGGGCAUCCGGAGGCAUUCUGCGAUGCGACAGGGGAAUGGUACUCGGGAGUGGGGAAUUUAUGAUUUCGACGGAGAACGUGUCGUGAUCUCGUAAAACUGGUAAUUCGACAAUCGAUUAGUUCGUAGUAGAGCUCGAACGUGUGAUCUCGUAACUGGUAAUUCGACAAUCGAUUAGUUCGUAGUAGAGCUCUUUUCUCCUCUUGUUUCUUUUAGAGGACUGGACUACGACGAUAUUCACGAACGAACUACUACAUCACCAUGCUUGAUGCAUUUCUCCUUUGUCUCCGCUUUCAUAUGAAAAAAAGACGAAGUUGGUGCAACCGCAGUGCGAAUUGGACGCGGAUUUCUGUCCAGAACCUAGAGGCGUCCAUGCUUACAUCAAACGAUACUACGACUCUCCGAACAACGCUAGGGGGUUGGAUACGAAGGUGGAAUUGGGAUGUGACGCUGGUUACGUCAACAAAUACGGUGACGCGGAUAUCAUCUGCAACAUGAACCUCGUUGGAACCGAAGGUCUUUGGUACAGUAUCGCUUAUCAGCAGGUGGCGGCGAAGUUGAUUUGCGAGAUUGACCUUAGGGAAGAGAGGUGAAUUAACACUACAACUAGAGUAUAAAUCUCAAUUAGUGAGGAGUCGAAAUAGAAUAUUUAGAUCCUUAUUUUGAUGAUGUUCUGACUCAAGUCGAACCAGAAGGUGCGUUUGUUACCAACUAUGAAGCGUAGAACUUCAUAUCCUUACCAACCUAUGCGUAUCAAAUACACGAAAGCAUUUUUUAGUACUUUUUUGCACAAUUCCACGGCCGUCCUCUGGACACACUGUUGGAACUGUUUCAUCCAGCCGGUAGGCUUGAAGGACUACUUGGGAUCUGCGGCAUUUCGCUUACGCCAGCUGCCAAUGACAGACACUGCUUCUAUUUUUAGUACGUUUUUGCUAGGCUUAAAGGACUACUCGGGAUGUGAAUGAAUGAAUGAAUGAAUGUGUUUCUUCCUCCUUCAUUCCCUUCGAGUUCUGUCCCGCGAUUCCUGUCGAUUCGAGUUAUGUUAUUGAACGCGACGAUGGACGCUUCUUAGGUGCUUUGUACCGUAGAAGUUGCGCUGAGGGUUUCGUGAAGUAUGCUGGGGACGACGAAGUAGUCUGUGGUAACGAAGGCAUCUGGAAAACCAGAACGGGAACGGGCACCAACUUGCGAAAUGCGCAGAUUCUGACUUGUGUCGCAAUAGAGCAGUACUGUCCGUUGCCGAUCUUGUCGCAUGGAAGCACUGCUAAUAGAGUGCAGAAGCUGGGCGAUAAGGCGCUGGUGCAAUGUCUUCCUGCCUUUGACAGACUACCAACUCCACAGCGGAUGCUGCGGUGCGUCCAUUACGCUGGCAACGCGACUUUCACGACGAGGACUGGGACUGGAGACUAUCAGGUAGAAACUUGAGAUCGUUGAGUAGAUGCUCUAAGGGUACGUAGAGAUCGUUCUUGAGUAAAUGCUUCUAAUAUUGUUGCCUGCAGUUAUUUUUAGGCACUUUCUGAAUUUGAAAAUUAUAUCGUCCAAUGACAAAUCCAAUCUCACAGAUCUCAGCCUUGGGGCAGGCAUUUGCCUAUGACGGGUAUUGGGUUGUCGAUACGACGAAUGGGUCGCUGCCUAUCUACGGUCCGCAUUUCGCAUGCACCGCCAUAGGCGACUUCUGUGUAGCACCGGCUGCGUCAACUCUGGUCUACAGUCUCAUGACCGGGAAUUCUCUCAACCCUAUGGGAGCCGGCAUUCAGUUUCGCUGUUUGACGGGGUAUUGACUAGACUUCUAGUAUCAGGAAUAGUCUGUUCUACUGCUAGACUGCACUAUUGCUUAAGAGAUUCUUGGCCUACGUCGACUUCACGUUAACUACCAGCAUUUCUGGAUCUGCGCUACCACUUGCAGAGGGUUAUCCCUAUCAUCAUCUGUCAUCAAUGAUCGACGCUCGCACUCUCAGGUACCUACCAUCGUUCGGUUCUUCCGAGUUGUUCUGCGGUAUUUCGCUUACGCCAGCUGGUCAAUAUGGAGGCAUUUGGAUUCAGGCAGACGGCAUUCCAGGCAUCCCUCUGGCUUGCAGCGGGUCUAAAGAAGUCUGCCCAGACGUGGGGACGAUUACGGCGAAUAGUCAAGGGUAUACUUGUAGAAUUUGAUUAUAAAAUUUGUGAUGUUCUUUGUGAAUGAAGGCCUUGGUCGUUGGUUGUAGACGGAUGUAGGCGUAUGACUGAUUUUUUAGUCAUCUUCAACCACAAUGCGCAGGAGUUGAGGAUCAUCAAACAUGACACUCUCCCAAAACGCACCGAAAAGCUCUACCCUUAUCUUCCUCUCUCCCACACACAACAGUUACUAUUUGAAGCCCUUGGAUCGAUCUCUGAAUUCUCGUGCGUAUCUCCGCUGCAAGAUGGGUUACGAUUUAUCGAGGGCUUACACUCCAACUCGUGCUUUCGCAAAGCAUAGGAUGGUGUACCAGUGCUGUGUGUUACUCGAUAACAGCGGCAAUGAGUUCGGUUUUUGGUCCAACGUAGUGGGCCUACUGAAUAGUUGCCCGACUACUUUGGCUGGUAAUGUUUACAUUUUUUUGUGCUGUAAAUUAUACGAAAAUUAUCCAAUCAUCUUCCUACCCUAUCUACCCUAUAAAGCAUCCUCCAGGUGUCCCCAACCGCGACAGUUGCGAGCUAAUCGAGGACUUCUGUCCUGCGCCAGACAUCGAUCCGAACAUGGAAGACCUCAGCAGCCGCAACUUGUUGACCUACUUCGAUGCCAGUUUGAGGUUCACCUAUGGAAGCACCUUGAGCCUCUCUUGCCCUGAAAAAAAAGAACUGGUUCACGGCGACGCACAACUAGUCUGCACUGCCCAAGACGACAACAGUUUGCCAGGGAAGUGGAGGCGGUGGGUCAAUACGGAUUACACUCCACCUGCAAGCAGCUUCGAUUAAGGCUUCGUCUAAUCCGUAACUUGUGCAAUAGACAUCUUCUGCAGAAGUUUAUAUGAUGGAUGCCUGCAGAUGAGGCACUUUACAGUUAGAUUGUGCAAUAGUACAUGAUGGAUGCCUGCAGAUCAGGCACUUUACAGUAGUUAGAAGAUCAAUAGUACAUGAUGGAUGCCUGCAGAUCAGGCACUUUACAGUUAGAAGAUCAAUAGUACAUGAUGGAUGCCUGCAGAUGAGGGACUUUACAGUUAGAAGAUCAAUAGUACAUGAUGGAUGCCUGCAGAUCAGGCACUUUACAGUUAGAAGAUCUUGACAUCUUCCAGCACUGUUCUCUUUGCUUCGAGGCUUAUUUUUGGAGCUGUCUUACCAUUGAGAGGAGAAGAACAGCUCCAAGAGGAGGAGCUCCAAGAAGAUGGAGUCGUAUUGAGAACAUCUAAGGAGGUCAGAAUUUUACCGCGACCGAAGACGGCAUGGGCGUGCGAUCUGUGCGAUCAAAUUUCGUGCCAGUGGCUUGCGCUUUCGAACGGCAGUACGGCAUCAAACUGAGGGCGACGUACAAAAGCGAACUCACUGCACGUAGAGACGCGCCAGGGACAGAGGCGGUGGACAGUGUGCGAUACCAAAUUUCUCAGGAGAGCUCUGACUACGACGAGGAAGCCUUUUCAGGCCACAUCUUGGCGCCAGAGACUGUUAUGGCUUGCAAUUUUCCAUCUUCGAACGGGUGCGCCCUUUGCCCUUUGCCCUUCAGGGAGAGCAAAAGGCCACAAAGGUUACUAAGUAGACAGAAAGAUGGGAUGAAUGAGAAUGUGCUGCAGCUUCUAAUACUGGUAUCUACACUUUCAAACUGGAACUGUUUGGGAGAGCCAGAGUGUUUUUGGAGAGGGCACUUUUGAUGAGUGUGGCAUCAAGUUCUCGUGCGACGGAUACGAGUACGACGAAACUGUUCGAGAGUUUCGUCUCGCGACCAGUCUAUUUGGAAAAGGGCGAGCUCUAUUCGUUGAGCGUACAAUACGAAUACUACGUGACGGCAAUAGACGGGGCCCCACGACAGCCGUACUCUUAAGGCUACUGCAGUUGCAUCCUCAAUAUUAUCAUGCCUGAACAAUCCUUUUUCAAGCAGGAAACAAGAGCACACGGAUCGAUCCGUUCAACAAGGAUGCGACCGUGGAGGUGGCUCUAAGUCUCAAAUAGAUUCGCUGUAUUGCGGUUGAAGUGGAAAACGCCAGUCGACACCGCGGACACACCGUGGAAGAUAGUGCCGCCAGCCAGCUUAUACCACUCCGCAAGUCCAUUACCAGACUACCCCUUGCGCGUGACCGUGUUGAACGAUCCAGUGCCGUGUUUGUUAAGACUGAGAAUUGGUACUCCAGAGAAUCUUUUUUUUGGAGUUCUAAUGUUGAAUUUUUUUUUUUUGUGUUCAAUUCUUAUGUCGAAUGGCGAUCUAGAUCUAAUGGCUAGGGGUCAUUUUAGGCCCAACCAUUGCGAGCGAACCGUUCAUCUAGAAGCUACAUGAUUGUCUCCACGACCCCACCUCUUUUCUAAUCCGCCCUGCACCAUUGAUCACCCGACAUCGACACCUUCAACCGCUCCGCUUUGAUGCGACCACGAACACGACGAUCGGCUACGAGACCUUUAGUUAAGGCGCAUAUUGAUUCAUCUUCACAUGGUCGCUUUCUCAGCAGUUUCCUUCUCGGAUUCUGAGAGUACUAUGUCCUUAUAAGCUAAGAGAUGAUGAGUCAUACUGAGCGCUAAUUUAUUGGCAUUCUGUCCCACACGCAAGGGACUGAUCCAUACCAGAGGUACAACCCCAACGCCGCUUGCUACAUUGAAUUGACGACGUUGGAGACGCGGCAAUACAAGUUCAAAUUCCAGCUAGACUGGAUGGACAUCGAAUACUCGGAUGGAUGCGUCUUUGAUUAUGAGGGGAUCUUUUACAAGAAGGCUCCGUAAAUUUUUCACGACGCUGCCUGCUUUGGAACAUGUGAUGGUAUCACUCACUUUAUCCUACUACUCAAGUUCAAAAAUCAGGGACUUGUUCUACGGACAACUUUCUAAAGACAUACUCUACUUCUACGUGUUUUUUCCCUUCUUCUUGAUUGAGGUUCACCUAUGCAAGCACCUUGAGCCUCUCUUGGACCGUUAGAAAGAAAAAUUCCUCUAACGAUCCAUGGUGAAGAUUUGGCGUGGCGUGUGGCGAGGCACGGGGUCGCCGAGACAGCUUCUGUGUGGCGAGAACAGGCGUGACGAGUUACUGUUCGAGGAGGAUGGCAAUGCUUACUUCAUCGAAUUCUACACGAAUGAUGCCUACGAAUCGCAGGGUUUCCAGAUCAACUACACCGUGAUGGAGAGGGAUGUAACGAACAUAUUCCGAUAGGGUGCUCGUGGAGGAGAGGUGCCAUAAUAUUCAACCGAAGAGACCAUGAUGUCGUAGGUAGAUAUAGUAUCGCCUAGCCUCCGUAGACAGGACUGUCGUGGAAAUCAAGUAUAUUACAACUUUCACUUUGCAUAUUGCCUUGGAGAUCAUUGUAAAAACCAAUCACAGCUGUUGAAGUUCUUGUAUAUUCCUCUUUUGGAUAAUGGAUAUUCACCUGUGCAAAAGCUCCAAAUCGAAGUCAAUGCGUACUAGUAUGUUCAUGAAGGAAGAGCGGCUACCUAGAAAGAUCGAUCUGGGGCCGCCCUCUAAUAUAGUACUAUAAAUAAUAGUAUGUUGAUUAAUUUUUGGUGGAGAGUCUAUCACCGGCGGCAGUAAUAUGUGGCACAUCAUGGUGUCAUCGGAAGAACAGACAUGCUGUCAGAAAUUCUGUAUUCCUAACUCGAUACUCAGCACUAGAUGCUCAGUAUAUUUAAGUAGUAUGUCAUAGAUUUUAGUCAUCAGCGGUGCUUCCUAGAAGUGUUGAACAGGAUAUUAUUGUGGCACCAAGCUGGCUCCUUUUUGCAUAGGUAAAUUGAUUACUUCACUGUAUCUUGUAAAAACUGUUGUAGAUACCUUCAGAUACGAGUAUGUCAGCGAGAAGCUGUACUGAAAAAAUAUACAACAAGUAAUUUUGUCAGGCCGGCGACUGAAUAAAUUUCAUUAAUAUCUAGGCGAACAAGCAGGACGCACAAAAUGAGAUGAAUCAAUGCUCGAACAAGCAGGACGCGCAAAAUGAGAUGAAUCAAUACAGGAAAAUGUCAGCACACCAAAUAAUUUCACUGAUGUGUUGUACGAGUACGUGAGUGUGUCCGGGAGACCGUCACUGAUACAUAUCUACCUUAGUGUGUGUCCGUGACUGACCGUGUCAGAAAGAGUUCUUCUUGGACCAAAGAUCAAUCAUUCUAUUUCUUCUAUUCGCAUUUUUUGAUGAACUGACAUCAGAGAAAUUAAAUCUACCACUAUCUAACACUAUAAUUACUUAGAGGAAGUGAUACUGUAGUAAGUUUUAGUGUGAUUGAUACAGACAAAAAUUAGAGUGUAGGACACGCCGUUCGGCAAAAUUAGCUGACAGUCACGAUAGGGUUCCUAUCCUAGCCUGCCAUAGGUGCAUUUUGGCGUUGAAAAACAAACCAGCAAAAACAUUUACCUACCAACUCAUCUGUUAUACUGACUGUACUUAUCCUGAUGAAAAAAAGGUGGUUGUCUCGGUAUUAACCCCAUCUGGGAGCGCCUCUUGCCUAUACGCUCACCCCUUCACAGGUGAGCCAACUCCUAUCCUAUGGAGACGGAGAUAGUGAGUCAUCCCAGGAUGAAGCGGAUUCAUUCUUCG